CGGCAUGAGGGCUGACCUAUCAAUUACCUUUUUUCUUGGAUAUAAUAUAGUAUUUUCAGCGCACAACCUCCUGGACAAUCCCCGCCUUGGACGCUUAACCACCCCUCCUAUGCAUCAGCGUCACCCAGGCCAGUUAGAGUUUGAAGCCAAUUCCUUGGGUUUCCAUUAUACCCUGCGUUCAGCGCAGAAUGAUGCACAGCAGCAAAACAUUGCGUAUGUCCCCGGGCCGGAUUCUGCAAGACGAAGGCUGAGCGUGUUCGAGUUUGUGGACAGCACAGAUCCAAAUGUGAGACGUGCUAUUCAACGGCAUACCGCUUACCAUUCAGCAGCCAAAAGACGGGAAAAGCGGUCGCGAUUGUUGGAUCGUUCGAAGCAAGCACGGUAUUUGGAAUGGGGGAGACGGCCUUGGAUGAUUCUCGAGGCAGGCAGCUUAGAUGGCAGCACAACCAGUUCCGAGUUAAAAUCGCCUGCAUCGUCGAACUCUGACCGCCUUGACCUGGCAAGCGUCUCCUUCAACAACUCUGCAUGGGGCACCUACCCGCCAGGGUCAGUUACCGCUCAGAGUGACGCUGCCGUAAACUCAUCUAUGAUGCCGAGGACAGCGAUCUCUGACGAAGAUCCAGUCCUGCAGUACCGUGGAUCUGACCAACACUUGAGUACUAUCUCCCACCCGCAGCAACUAAUUACCGGUUUGGGCUCGGUGAAUUUCUGUCACCAUUAUCGCCAAAGGGACAGCUUGGAUAAGGCGCUGGCAUAUAUGCGAGAGCACCAAGCCUCACGGAACCUCUUACUAGCGUACGCUUACGCAUCAAGAUUGCGGUUGAACUCGUGCCCUGAAAGCGUUCAAGACCGAGUCGAUGCCCAGACACACUUGGGAUGGGGUAUAAACAUUCUCUGGAAGCAGCUUCAUGGGGCUGAUCGUGCCUGUUCCGACUCCAACAUCCAAGCCGUGCUUCUCCUGAUGGUCUACACACCGGAUUUUGGACAGACUAACGAAAUUCGACUUCAUACGCACGCGCUACAAACCAUGAUUGAGCAAAGGGGGGGCAUUGGUGCGUUCGGACGCAACCCUGCUCUCCAACAUCAAUUGCGAUCUAUUGGCCAGUCGAGAGAGCAUCACCUUACGUUCGACUGUGAGCCGUCGUGUCCAAGUAGGUUGAGAUUCUCAAGCAGAUUUGAUAGUCUCACUCUGUUGAAUGGGCUCAAAAUGGAGAGAUGAAAGCACCAUUAUUAACGGUUCAAGGGUUUGGAGCGGGCUUUUCUGUCGCCGAGCACCCUGGGUGGUUGUCCGCAGACCCGUAUCUUCGAAUAUCCCUCCUUUUGAUCUCCAGAUCCGCACUGAGCAUCGCCAAAUGUGACCUCCUUGAUCUUGGUCCCCAAGUAUGCGACAGAAGGGCGUACAACGGGCUGUCUGUGGACGAAUCGGUGACGAAGCGCCGGUGACGAAGCGCGGUGUAUCCGCACCGUCAAGUUCAAGGAGGCGCAUACUGGUGAUUGGAGGCUUGUGUCAACGGAAAGGUAAGUUACAGCACGGUCCGAUGGAAUGGCGUAGCGACACUUUCUGAACUCGACGUACUGAACAAGAGUGACAGCAAGUUAUCUCAAGACAUGGAUGUGUGAGCGGCUUAGGCCGAGGCGAAGGACGACGACAUCAUCAACAGACCAGCGUUCGACGAGGCGCGCAGACGGUGUCAAGGUGGACAGCCGUAUGUCUGCAGCCUGGAAGCGGAAAGUGGUUUGCUCAAGCGAACUGCAGCCUCCGACAUUGUCGUCCGCCCAUGGCGAUCAUUUGGCUGCGCAGAAGUCCAGGCACGCCAAGCGUUCUGCGCCACUUCUUAACCCACGGCUAAGCUCAACGACAUGGAACUACGCAACAUAUGGCAUUCAUUUCACCUUAGUCGAUUCUGAGAUUACAAUUAUGGACAGCUACAGUACAAGGAAUCAUACUCCGUACAAAUUGCGAUCAAUACCGAGGUUUUUGUAAUGGGUAUAAACGCAUGACCAUUCGCCAGGUCUGGUGAAUCUACAGCCUCUUCUGUGAAGAGCACUCUCACUCUACGAGUCUUGGGCCUGGAUUUUUACCUGGAUUUUGCUUGUGGUGCUAUAACUGCGAACCAACGCGAUCGCACCGCAGCUUCCGAUCGUUCGGGAAAUUGGCCGAAGAUCCACGACCACGACUUUCCCAGGCGCCGCCAUUCCGUCAAAUUGUUAUCCUCGUCUAAUGUCCAAUGGCCUCGCUUCGUCGGCCGGGAGUCCGUUUGAUAUUCGCUUAGGCAAAAGUCGCUGCUUGUGUCUUGAUCGGGUGACCGUCUCUCUCUCCUCCUAGCCCGGUCUCGUCUCAGAUCAUCCAUACCGUGAGCAUGCCGCAAUAUCGUUGCCGUGAGGAGCCAGCAACGGUCAGCCAGUGGCUUGAGAACGAUAUUGGCCAGGUUGUCCGGGUGGACACCACAUUCGAGGGCCCAAGCCGCAGGUGAGUGGAAGAAGUCCUGUAGGCCCGCCGGACUCUCGAUAACGGCGGUCAUAAAGGCAGCGUCAGUAGCUGUCACAGGUUGGACGCUCAUGAUUUUCAACCCAUCAUGGUGCUGCUUCUGCUUCUGCUCGCGGUGGCUAUCCAAGGGCUUGUCGGUAUUUAACCGCGUGGCUGGACUUGGGGAGGGCUCGCUUAAGGUAAAAUCAGGUCCAGUCUCGUAUUCUGAAUCUGCGUCACGAUCAACGAGAGUCCGCUCACUGUUUGAUCCGUGGGCGGACUUAUGCAUCCCAGCUCCAAUAGGAGCUUCGAGCUCAAAGCCUGACUUGUGAAGCUGAACUUCCCUUCCGCGGCAACUCGAGGCAGAGUCGUCGUCAAGCGUUUGAUGAACGAGGGUCGGCGUUUUGUUGGUGACCACUUCCACACGCACUCGACGAGAAACCGAGGAGUCAUAAUCAGCUUCACUCCUAUAUCGUCGUUUUCGGCCACAUUUAACACGCUCGUUAGGUCGCGGAGAUACCGUCCGUCGUCUGGUUCUCUUCGGUGUUACCAUGACGUCUGCAGACUGAGUGGAGAGAAGAUUCCGUUGUGAGGCCGAUGAGGGAUGACGAGUCGGAAUCACCACCUCUAUCCGGGAUUUGUGACGCGAGGAUGGCGGGAAGCAUUGCUGCGUAGACGGUUCCUCUGUCCGCUUCGACUGAGGGCAGUUUGACUCUAUCGUGAGGUCAAUGGCGUCAGAUUUCGUCCGCAGGUCAGGAAUUUGGGAGCGGACCAAAUUGUCGCCGCUUGGUGACGAAAUGACAACGUCGCAGGUCUCAGCGGCCCGUGAAGAGAAGCUCUGGGCUUGACCGUCAGAAUGUUCAUCGGACCCGGUCGCUUUGAAACUCUCCAAAUCUGGCGGAACACCGGAAAAGAGGCUUUCCAAAUCGUCGUCGAGACUCUCAACCAGGCCAUUUUUAUCAAUCAGGGCGGGGGAGAAGUCGUCAAAAAGAGGGCUGCGGCACAGAUUGUAGAGUGAAGCCUCCGAGGUCUGAUCUAGUAAGCUUCGCGGUUCUAGAGUGGCCUGUCAGCGAUUUCACUAUCGGUAAGACCAGAGUGGCCUAAAAAUCGUUCGGCCUUACCAGAACUGCCUUCGUCGCUUGUGUGAGAGUGUUCGUGCAGCCUAAUUUUUGGAACUGGCAUCACGGCCUGUGGCUCGACUUCUUGAAUGCAUUCUCGGCGCGAGGAGGUGACAAAGUUGGCCGGCGCUGCACGAGCGUGCUGCUUAGAGCGUACCCGAGGUUUGGAAGGGUCCUCGAAGAUGAUGCUGUCCAUGUUGGAAAUCGCACGCAGAAUAUGGUGCACAGGAAUAUUGUCCUGAACGGAUGAAAGACUGCGAAGCCGAGAUGGUCGCCGUCGGAGAAAUUGGGAGAGCUUGCGUGAUAUAGGCACGAGGACCGACUGGCUAGGCAUCAGGUGUAUUGGACGCUCUAAGGGGUUACGCCGCUACCGUGCAGGCCGAGGAAGAGAUUCCAAAUCCCACAACUACUCGGGGAAAGAUGACUCCCUUUUCGGACGGCUAAGUAGGAGAGCUGAAUUUUCCCCCCUGUUGUAAUGCUCUUGCAUGAUCAUCCCUGAAAGGGUCACAAAUCAAGAGUCCGCCUCCACCAUCUUUCCCUGGGCGGUGUACGCGUACUUUGACGGGGGAGUUGCGGACCCAACGGCUGCAACUUGCCCCUAACGCUUCGUCCAGACAGUACGCGGCCACACUCUCUUGGAGCAACCGAUCACCCACCGCCGAGGUGAUCUGUCGCACAGGCAGACUGCGGUGACAGAAAAAUAUCGGGAUGCCAGCAUCGGACGAAAUCAACCGAUCGUCCUCUUCCAUGCAAGGAGGUGUCUCACCAUAGAGCGGGACGGUCACGCCGAGAGGCUGUACAACCCGACCGUGGUGGGUAUCUUCGGGUCCUCGAAUGAUUGACAUGAUCAUGAGUCUGGCUGAGCGCGGUUUCGUCGCAUUUACCAGACGGGCAAAGGUCAUGCAGAUCCAAACAUAGCCAGGGCUGUCGCAGCCAGAGAUUUGUGGGUAAAACUUGACGAAUGGCGAGGUCGAAAAGGAAAGGGGUCAUCUGGCCCUCAUUGCAACCUGACUACCACCGGCGCAGAAGUCGCGAUCACGCGUCCAAUGGAUCACUGUCGUUGUUACUGUCGCUGUUGGUCUUGCUGUUUCCUCGGUCACUUCACUCAGCGGCUUCCGCAAUGGCCUCCUACAUACGGGCUGCAGCUGAAGUUGCUGGAACCGGAGGCCGUACAGAAAAUCCGGAUGUGCUCGACGUGCUUGGGUCGCGCCCUUAACACUGGAUUGUGAGAGUUGUAGACACAUGCGUCGAGUAUGGAGUGAUGGUGAUCCACAAUAGCGUCUGCAGGAAUCGCGUAACCCUUGGCCAGCUGGAAGAUGGAGCGACGAAAUCAUUCCCUCAACCCCUGAGACCAUGACUUCGUCCAGGGCGGGGCGAGACAGAAGCAAAGGCCAAUCGAGCGACAGACCGUCCAUCGAAGUAGGCUGACGCUUCCAAACUCUAAACUCCUCAGGCCUCAGUGCGGUCAAGCGGAGAGUGUUCGGAGGGGCCGCGAGGGUCCAAACAGAUCCUGGCCUGGUCGGAUGAUAUCGCCCGUUUGCGGAAGGGUGGAAGGUCGUGGUGAGGGAAGACGAGGGUUAUUGGACGUCCCAACCCGCAACGCAUCAUCACGCUCGCAGGCGAGCCCGUCAUUACCAGUCACUGAUUCAGUUAGUGCCAGGAUACAAUGCAACCCUCCCGAGACUUAGAAAGCAAAAUUUCUGGAGUUACAGGACAGGGCACCUUCGGAUGGAACGUUGGUGAGAGGGCCGAAGCCCUCAUUGGGAUACAUUAUCCCUUCACAGCCUUCUGUGAACAGGCUAACAGGCCAGCACUGUGCGUAGUACCGAGCAGUGCUUUGUCGGCUCCAAGUAAGAAUUGUCCUUGUUGAAAUCGUUGAUCGCGCAAAACAAGUUCCAUCUCGACUCUCUCGAAACCCCAGACAAAUCCCUUUCCAGUUUGAGUCACGAAGACCUCGAGAAUCAAGGAGGUUGCUCUGACUCAUUCCAGCUGCAGAGAGCCCCGAUCAGCGCUACUACGAGCCCUCAUGCAAGGCGUCUACACGUCAAGAAUCCUUGACCGGCUGAACGGUGGAGAGACGUAAGACGGCGCUUGUGUGCGUGGACGUCUUUGACCGAGGCCGAGGGGCUUUGCAGCCAGAUUAGCCAGUGAGAUCCAACGCAGGCAUGGAUGCGACCAGGCAGACGUGUCUAACUUUCUCGUUCUGAGGUUCUGAGGGACAAGGGCGGUUCGAUCAUCGCGGGUAACUAAGUGGGAAGGUGGCUCAGGAGCCGCCUCGGCGACGACAAGUGGUGCGCAGGCAUCGCAAGAUCCUGGUCGCUGUCGGGUGACGCUUUCCUCUUCCGGGACCGUGGAGGGCGAGGACGAGAGGGCGUGAGGUCGAAGAUAAGGAGGCUCGACAAAACGGCGAGGGACGACGUUCUUUUAUAGCGAGAGGGUCGACGGGGGUCGGAGGCAAAGCGGCGAGAGGCCCGAUCGGUGAGCACUAAACCGCAAACGACCACGCCUUCCCCGAACGGGCGAGCGCCAAACCCGAUCGGGACCGUCAAAGCGGCGCCAAACCGCAUCGACACCAAAGCGAGUCCCUCGCACCGCGACACAGAUUAUUUACUAAUUACAAAAUAUUAGUUAAAGAGUAUUUAAGCUAGUAGUUAUUUAGAAUUAAUGUUUUAACCCUUAAAGA